AGUCAGAGGCAGCAUGCUUCUGAAAACCAGUUGCCGGAAGCCUCAGGAGGGGAGAGUGUUCUUGCACUCGGGUCCUGCUUGCGGGCUUCCCCCAGGCACCUGGUUGGCCACUGUGAGAACAGGAUGCUGGACUAGAUGGGCCACUGGCCUGAUCCAGCAGGCUCUUCUUAUGUUCUUAUGUUCUUAUGAUCUUUGCCCACGGAGAAGUUCAAAUGGCUGAUCUCCACUGGGGCUUUUUAUACUUUUUGCCCAUGGCUGGUCUCCAUACAAUCUGCUGAUUCAUACUGACAUCAUCUAACUACCUGUCAGCCACACCUGGGUCUUGGCAGCGGUCUCACUGAUGCAGCUCACUAUCUUCAAUCAGCUUAUUGGUUGCAUGGGGCUGACUGCCCUUGGCUGUCACAUUCAAAGCACAUGGCUGUCCUAUGCUCCCUAAACUUCCCCCUGGCCUUAAGGGGCACUCAAGGGGCGUGACAGGUGUGUACGGGAAUAAUUGCAUACAUCACGCUGUCUCCUUGAAAUAGCAAUGUGUCAUCUGGGAGGAGGGGAGUGUCCCACUAAAGCCCUGUCCACCAUUUGCCCUGCCAAUUGCUGGCAUGUGGCUCCUCAGAGGGUUGGCAGUAAGGGAAAGUGGCCCUUGGCAUCGGAAGAGUUCCCCACCUCUGUCCUAUAGCAUACAUGCAAAAAAAAAGUGUUCUGUUCUGGUUGGCUGCAGCUUCCUGAAGCGUAUACCUCUGCUGGAAGAUUUGUGGCUUCUGUGGGUGCUGUGCAUGAAGUCCUUGAGCAAUCCUUCUCUGAGUUGAGGGCAGGCAUACAAAUGAAAGCAACUGAUACAUAAGUGUAAAUUGUGCCCUCCUGUCUGGAGAUGCAGAGGUCCUCUGCUGCCUGCCUUGACUAGAAGCUCUUGGCCGCAGGUGACUUGAAAUGUCCAGAUGUCACAUGAGAUAAAUCGGAUAUCAACAUCUGAUGUUUUGUACAUGAAGCUUGUUUUUGCAGAUGAGGAGAAAAGGAAGGGAAAGAGAAAUCAGCCUAGUGAGGAAAAAAAACUCUUUCACAGCUGCUUUCUUGAGUGUUAUCUUUGUAGGGUUUAAAGCAUCAGUUUGUUGACACUGUCCCUUGUAUUUAACUGGAUUUUUAAAAUGCAGGGAACGCUCGAGUAAACAGAUGGCUGAGUUGGGAUGUGAGCAGUUGCAUCUUUGAGCAGCCUAAAAUAUGCAUUCAGCCGUUAAAUUUUGUAAAAUGAGGCAAUUAAUAGGCACAACCAAGUCUGUUUUCAAGAGUAUUUUUAUUUAUUGCAUAGAGUGCCUUUUGCCAGUGUGCUGCCCUUCAGAUGUUUUGCACUGCCACUCCCAUUAAGUGGCUGUGCUGAUUGGGGAUUAUGUAGUCUGGAGGGUGCCAGGUUGGGUAAGGCUGGCUAGCACUAGCUCUCCAGGAUUCCAGGCAAUAGUCUUUUCAAGAGAUUGAAUUUUGGACCUUUGCAUACAAAGCAUGUGCCCUGCCACUGAGCUACAGCCCUGUUUAAAAAAGUAUAUUUUAAAAUUGUUCUUUUCAAUUCGUUAACGAAUGCACAGCAUACUAGAAUAUGCUAGAUCCACACCAUGCGUUUAAAGUACAUUCAACAUACCAUUGAAGCACAUGAAUCCCACCGGGAACUGUAGUCUGUUAAGGGUGGUGGGAACUAUAAUUGUGAGGGGGAAACUAUAUUCUCAGGAUUAUUUGGGAGAAGUAAUGCACUUUAAAUAUGAGUUGGAUGUGCCCUAAAUGUAUUAUGUGGAUCUGCAUUGCUUCAUAAACUUUGCCUGCAUAUAAAUAAUUUUAAUUAAAUUUUACAAGUUACUGAGUGACCAUGUUCAGGAGAAAUAAAAUAUUUUACCACUAAAAUGCUGUUGAAUUUUCACAAGAACUUAAAAAAAUAAAUCACAAACUGAUAUAGAAAUGUGGAGACCUGAACUUGAGUUUGGAAAAAUUAGCAGCUGAGAUAAACCCAAGUUGACCGAUUCAUCCCUUCCUUAGGGUAGUGGGCACAGGAUUCGCAGGGCCGCUGGCAGCUAGCGCUGUGCCCAGGGCAAGAGGCAUGAUUGCUCCCCCUCCUUAAAUCUUCCUAUGAACCAAAUGUUACUACUUGCUUUAAACAGGUUUUUCAGUGACUUAAGUUUAACUAAGGGCAAGAAAGAUUGAAAAUAAAUGAAACAAUUUAUCAGAACGGCAUAGUUAAUACGUUUAUUAAAAAUAACACUGUUCACAAACCCAAGUGAAAAUAAAGAUUAACACUUUCAGUACUUCUGCAUUGCUAAACUACUUAACUAGUCGUGUUAAUACAGUUCUGUGAACUGGGGCCUACUACUGGGGCCUCAAGGUAUAUGUGGUUGCACUUUGCCAUGUCGGAAUCUUAUUAAUAAAUGCUUAUAGAAGACUUUGGUCGCAUUUGCUCCUUACAUUUAUUCCACUGUUGUUCCACUUUAGCCAUGGCUUCCCCCAAAGAAUCCUGGGAAGUGUAGUUUGUGAAGGGUGCUGAGAACUGUUAGGAGGCCCCCAUUCCCCUCAGACAGCCACAAUUCCCAGACUUCCCCGGGAAGAGGGACCAACACUGAAACCUCUCUGAGAAUUGUAGCUCAGCCCGGAGAAGAGGGCCACAUCUGCACCAGAUAUUCAUUCCACUUAAGUGUGUUAAGAGAGUGUUAUUCAGAAACUCCUCUUGACAGAGCUCCAGUGGCCAGAGUGGCUUAACAGUCAGCCCUUCUUCCCAGAGAAUUCUGGGAAUGGUAGUUCUGCGAGGGGAAGAAGGGGUCUUCUCUCAGCACCCUUCGCAAACUACAGUUUCCCAGGAUUCUUUGAGGGAAGCCAUGGCGGUUUGAAGUGGAAUAAAUGCCUGGUGUGGACAUGGCCUAGGAGUCUCUCAGCCCCUUUCAUAAACGACACUUCCCAAGAUUCUUUGGGGGAAGCCAUGGCUGUUUAAAGUGGAAUAAACAUCUGGUGUGGAUGUGGCCAAGGAGUUUCUCAGCCUCCUUCAUAAAUGACACUUCCCAGGAGGUUUUGGGGGGAAGCCAUGAAGGUUUCAAGCGGAAUAAAUGUAGGCUGUGAAGGUGGCCUUGGGUAUGCUGAGAUUUCGCAACAGACGUGAUAGGCCCUCUCUGGUCUGUUGAGAAACCAACAAUUAUUAAGUUUUUUUCUCCCCCAAGGUUCAGACCCCCAGAGGCCCACCCACACCCAACGUUUGUGGCACAGUCUUCCCUCUUCCUGGUCCUCCCUGGGCUUGGCACUACCCUUCAUGCAACUCGGAGAAAGGGGAAGUUGAGUCUGAGCCAGCUGGCUAUCAUCAUGAAGUGCGGAGCUUUUUUUCAGGCCCCCAAAGCAGGAAAGCAUGUGCUUUGUGGUUGUUGGAGGGCCGUUCUGCCGAGCUAAGCACACCAAAGCAGAAGCUCAGCUCAAGCGCUGGACACUCCUGCCUUUGGGAGGAAGGAAGGCAGAGGCACAACCGGUUUCCCUCCCAUUGCUACCCUUGCGACUGCUGGUGGCUCUUUUGGGCGGAAAAUCUGCCACCCGACAGAACAGCCCCUUGGGAAUCUCCAGGAUGAAGCUGUAUCUUUGGACCGCCCUCCUGGUUCUCCUGGGAGCCGAGGAAGCAGAGGCCCUGAGGGAACCCCAGCUGUGCUAUGUCUUGGACGGGAUUCUGUUUGUCUAUGGUAUUAUCCUCACAUUUCUCUACUGCCGACUGAAGAUCCAGAAUCGAAAAAAAGCAAAAAUGGAUUCCAUGGCCAUUUAUGAGAAAGUGGAAGAAACCUAUACCGGCCUUGGCAUUCGAGCGUCCGAACCCUAUGCAACCCUUGAGCUCCCCAAAAUCGACCCGCAAAAUCGACCCCACAAAAUCGACCCGCAAGCUCAGGCCCCUCCAGAAGAAGGGAGCUUGGUUGGAUAGCUGUGCUGUCUUGAGGAGAACCCCCAUGCACAACACCUGAAGUUGCACAACUGUAUGUCGAUACCAGAGAAGACAGAACACCUUUGUGCCCUUUGCUGGCCUUGCGAGGAAGAUGCUACCCUGCUGGCAAUUGCCUAAAGUGAUUUUGAUGCCGUGGGAGGCCAGGGGUGGUCCUCCAGAUGUUGGUGGACUCCAAUUCCCAUCAUCCCUGACCAUUGGCCAAAUGAGCUGAGGCUGGUAAGAGUUGUAGUCCAAUAACAUCUGGAAGGACACAGUUUCCCCAUCCAUGCUCUAGGUGCAGAAAUCUAACUUGGAUUUGAGUGUUAUGUCUGUAGCAGGGGUGGGGAAUCUGUGGCCCUCCAGAUAUUGUUGUACUCCAACUCCCAUCAUCCCUGACCAUUGGCCACAGCUGCUGGGGCUGCUGGGAAUCCAACAGCAUCUGGAGGACCAUAGAUUCUGCAGUGCAGCAUACAUCUUACAUGUUGUAUUAGCUGACCUUUUUGAUUUAAUUUGAUGGCUGGGGUGAUGGCAAGACAGAAAAUGCCAGGUUUUAUUCAUCACACACAACUCUGUUUUCCUGGUGUUUUUAAAAUACCUUUAUAGCUUGGUUUAAAAUCAUGUCAGUGGGUUUUAUAUAUUAGACUGCAAUCCACAUUCCUGGCCAGGAGUGGUGGGACCGAACGGUGUGGUGGAGCCACUACUGCCUCCGUGUCCCAUCCAUAAGAACAUAAGAAGAGCCUGCUGGAUCAGGCCAGUGGCCCAUCUAGUCCAGCAUCCUGUUCUCACAGUGGCCAGCCAGGUGCCUGGGGGAAGCCCACAAGCAGGACCCGAGUGCAAGAACACUCUCCCCUCCUGAGGCUUCCGGCAACUGGUUUUCAGAAGCAUGCUGCCUCUGACUAGGGUGGCAGAGCACAGCCAUCAUGGCUAGUAGCCAUUGAUAGCCCUGUCCUCCAUGAAUUUGUCUAAUCUUCUUUUAAAGCCGUCCAAGCUGGUGGCCAUUACUGCAUCUUGUGGGAGCAAAUUCCAUAGUUUAACUAUGCGCUGAGUAAAGAAGUACUUUCUUUUGUCUGUCCUGAAUCUUCCAACAUUCAGCUUCUUUGAAUGUCCACGAGUUCUAGUAUUAUGAGAGAGGGAGAAGAACUUUUCUCUAUCCACUUUCUCAAUGCCAUGCAUAAUCUUAUACACUUCUAUCAUGUCUCCUCUGACCCGCCUUUUCUCUAAACUAAAAAGCCCCAAAUGCUGCAACCUUUCCUCGUAAGGGAGUCGCUCCAUCCCCUUGAUCAUUCUGGUUGCCCUCUUCUGAACCUUUUCCAACUCUAUAAUAUCCUUUUUGAGAUGAGGCGACCAGAACUGUACACAGUAUUCCAAAUGCGGCCGCACCAUAGAUUUAUACAACGGCAUUAUGAUAUAGGCUGUUUUAUUUUCAAUACCUUUCCUAAUUAUCGCUAGCAUGGAAUUUGCCUUUUUCACAGCUGCCGCACACUGGGUCAACAUUUUCAUCGUGCUGUCCACUACAACCCCGAGGUCUCUCUCCUGGUCGGUCACCGCCAGUUCAGACCCCAUGAGCGUAUAUGUGAAAUUAAGAUUUUUUGCUCCAAUAUGCAUAAUUUUACACUUGUUUAUAUUGAAUUGCAUUUGCCAUUUUUCCGCCCAUUCACUCAGUUUGGAGACGUCUUUUUGGAGCUCUUCGCAAUCCCUUUUUGUUUUAACAACCCUGAACAAUUUAGUGUCGUCAGCAAACUUGGCCACUUCACUGCUCACUCCUAAUUCUAGGUCAUUAAUGAACAAGUUGAAAAGUACAGGUCCCAAUACCGAUCCUUGAGGGACUCCACUUUCUACAGCCCUCCAUUGGGAGAACUGUCCAUUUAUUCCUACUCUCUGCUUUCUGCUUCUUAACCAAUUUCUUAUCCACAAGAGGACCUCUCCUCUUAUUCCAUGACUGCUAAGCUUCCUCAGAAGCCUUU